AACAUGGCAUCAGUCGAAAAAGAUAUCAGUUUCGUGAUAAAUUUGCACUUUGUAUUGAUCAGUGAUUAUAAAAUUAUAAGCUUCGGGGGUUUCUUUUCUCCAAAAGCAUCAUAAACUUAUGAAUUUCCAGCUGUACAUUAGGAUUACGUUACACCGCGGAUGGCUUUCAGGGAACAUCUUUAGGUCAACCAUGACUUCCACAAAACUUGAUGAUUGUCAUCAAUGUUUUUGUUUAUUAUCAGUAUUUUGCAUUAUCUGAUGAAAUUAAGAAGGUUUCCUUUUGGAGUGAAAUAAAAGAAACCACUUGACAACAUGGAGUCGUCAAGUGGGGGGAGCAAUACCCCAAAGAUAAUGGUUUUCAGGCCAACCAUGGAGGAGUUCAAGGACAUGGCCAAGUAUGUGUCCUACAUGGAGUCCUGUGGGGCACAUAAAGCUGGCGUAGCAAAGGUUAUACCUCCAGCAGAAUGGGUUCCUAGAAGAGGGGGUUAUGAUGACUUGGAAAUGACAAUACCAGCACCAAUCACACAGGUGGUGACGGGGUGUCAGGGUCUCUAUCAGCAGUACAACAUACAGAAGAAACCAUUAACUAUCAAAGAAUUUGAAAAAUUGGCAAACAGUGAUAGGUAUCGAACACCAAAGCACUUUGACUUUGAUGAGCUGGAAAGAAAGUACUGGAAGAACAUCACAUUUGUAAAUCCAAUUUAUGGCGCAGACAUUUCGGGCAGUAUCUAUGAUACUGAUCAGAACUACUGGAACAUUAACAAGCUAGGUACAAUCCUGGAUUAUGUGGCUGGUGACUAUGGAAUCAAAAUAGAAGGAGUCAAUACAGCGUAUUUGUACUUCGGUAUGUGGAAGACAACUUUCCCCUGGCAUACUGAGGAUAUGGAUUUGUACAGUAUCAACUACCUGCACUUUGGCGCCCCCAAGUCCUGGUAUUCUGUACCGCCAGAGCAUGGCAGGCGACUGGAGAGAUUAGCAACAGGAUUUUUCCCCAGUAGUUCUCAGUCUUGCCCUGCUUUCCUGCGACACAAAAUGACACUGAUAUCACCGGCAAUACUGAAACAGUAUUCCAUUCCAUUUAACAAGAUCACGCAGGAAGCUGGUGAAUUCAUGAUUACCUUCCCGUAUGGAUAUCAUCAGGGUUACAACCAUGGUUUUAAUUGUGCGGAGUCCACAAACUUUGCUACAGAGAGGUGGAUUGAGUAUGGAAAGAGGUGUUUGCAGUGUAAGUGUCGGAAAGAUGGUGUCAAGAUCAGUAUGGACACGUUUGUGAUGAGAUUCCAACCAGAACGCUAUGCUCUAUGGAAAGAAGGGAAAGACAUAGCUCCUCACCCAGAGGAUGACCAGAGCAAGCUCUAUAAACACAGGGACAAAAGCAUAGCCAAUAACUCUGGUACAGUGUCAAAGAGACAUCCAAUUUCUAAGUCCACAUCACCAAAGAAAAAGGAUAGCGUGAAGGAGGAAAAGGAGGAAUCAGAAACAUCUAAGGUUAAACAAGAAGAGGAAAACGCUGAUGAAAGUUGUAUUGAAGGAGAAAAGGAUGAUGAACAAAGCACUGGUAGUACAUCUGACGAAAAAGGUAGUAAUUCAGACAGUUCGAAAAAGAAAAUUGCUAUGUACUUGAAGGAUGUGAAGAAGGCUUCUGCCCCUACCAAAAAAGCUGCCCCUAGCUCAUUUCAGGCAGCGUUUGAAUCACUCGUUACCAAUAACAAAACGUUUCCAAAACCACCAGUUCAUAUUGUUGAUGGUGUUCCUGUUAAAGUGAAACAGCGUAAGCGGAAAUCUGAGGAAAGUAAGAUUAAGAUAAAAAAUGAACCUAUUCCUACUGAAAGCGGUGAUGCUUCCUCGCUGAAUGCAGAGCUGACUGUAUCUGAAAAUAAGACAAUGCAAAAUGGUGAAACAAAACAACAGAUAGUAGUAGUCCCUAAGAAGAAAUCCAGGAAAGAUGGAAAUUCUCCACCGAAGCGGAAAAAGCAAGUUCAAAAUCUACACCCUUCUUAUCCUUUCCUACCUCUCAACCAUCCAUCAUCUACCACGUCUGUGACAAAAGGAAUGAUAACAAAGGAAGAAUCAGAUUUUAACAGACUUAACUUUCUCAUGCCAACUAUUCGAUGGAUCAAACAGCAACAAAUGUUACAAAACUGUAGCAACAAGACCAUAGGAUACACCAGUGGGAAAAGUGAAGAGAUACCAUUUGCCCAUUCCUCUGGUGUUUCAUUUGAGGAUUUAUUGGCUGCACAAAACAGAGACAUCAAGUGCGAGCCUCACGUUGUGUCAAAUUCUAAAGGAAACCCAGUCAAAGCACAUGGAUCAAUGCUUCAUAACUAUUCUCGGCCGGGUACUAUAAUGCCCCCAAGCACAACAAUGACUGUCAAUACAGCAACUAAAUCAACGGAACCCAAGGAGGAAACAGAGAGUGAAUCAGCUCUGGACCUGUCUGUUGCUACAACUACGAGUGCUACAACAUUAUCUCCAGAAUCUCUUAAGAUAAGUCAGACUACUGCUUCUCCUGUCAGAAAGCAAAUAGCAGCACACUUUUCUGGUACCAAGAACUCACCUUCUGUAAGUUCUGAGAGGGAACCAAUGGCAGGCCCCUCGAGUGCAAGUUCCAAUGUGGAUUCUCAGGCUAUUUGGCCAACACCAGAACAGCUAAAACAGAGCAUUAAACUCACCGGACCUCAACACAAUUUGUUCAACAGCUUUAAUCAGGCUUUUGAAUUAGCACAAAGCAUGUUGAACAAGAAGCGUGAUGGACAAGAACAGACCAAAGCCAGUGAAUCCCCACCUUCACCCAAGACCUCAACUUCAACUGAUACAACAGAGUGUUCACCCUCUUUUGAAAGUGCUCCACUUUUGCAGCAGUCACCUCAACAGAAAACGGGUACUGAUAAAACUCCUCCUAGAAAACCUUCCACGGGUGAUGUUAGUUAUCCAGGCCUUUCUCAAUCCCCAACAGGUGGAGUGCAUUCAUUGACAUUUUCAAAAUUAGUUAGCCAAAGUCAAAAAGAGCAGAAGAAAAUAUCAGAGUCUCCCAAGCCACAUACAACAAGUCUGUUACAGCAUAAACCCUUAUUACCCUCACCAACCCAUGGAUCAGUAUUUGACAAUUCUAGAAACCCAUCAACAACAUGUUUAUCACGUCCUCUCGGAGCUGGUGCUGAGUCACUAGUUCGCCAUUCAUCUCCCUCACAUGCCAUUGGCAGUCCAAACAUGUAUACUCCUUUAUCAAGUAUAGCUCAACAUUCUCAGCAACAGAAUCUUCUUCUUCAGUCUGCCAAUCAACAACAGCAGACUUUUUUAGUCAAUAUACCUGUGAUGCAAACGCCGCAGCCUACUGGUGGUAUUACUGGCACUCCGUGUACAACUGCCACUACUAGGGCUUCACAGGUACUCCCUCUCGCAUGCGGCCAAACUGUAGAAACAGUUGAUCGUGGGGGAGUUGCUAAGACUAACAGUAAACUGACUGUCAGCCAAAUUCUCAAGGGUGGUAAAAAAGCAGCGAAGCCUAUUCUUCCCAAUACAAUUAUUGUGAGUAGUGCAUUCGGUGGCACCCAGCUUAUCCAGGUUGGACAGCAAACGGUCAGUAUUCCAAAAGUCCAAACACAGCCAACGAAAACAGUCAAUGUUGUCAAUAUGAUGCCAACAUCCAAUCAAGGGGGAGUUUCUCUGCUUUUGUCGCCUAAAUCAGGAACAGGUGGAAAGAUCCAGACAGCCUUACCCACAAUGGUUUCCCGACAGGUCAUCACUACAACACUGCCCACCUCCAUGCCAGGUCAGGUUUUUACAAGGACCGUGCCCACAGCUGCCUCACAUCAGGUAAUCACUUCGACUCUUCACACACCUAUCAAGAAACAAGUCAUCACCUCUUCAAUACCAACAGCCCAACGUCACAUUCUCACCACAGCCACCCCAUGUCCUGUGAUAACAAAUGUUGUGGGGCAGUCACAGAUAGCAAUGCCCAUAAUACAGUCACCCACUGCUUCAUCCAUUAUGGCAAGAGCUACACCGGCUGUUUGUCAGGUGACCUCGACCAGCAACAUGGGCAGUGUUCUUAAGACUGUAGUCGGAGCUGUUAACGAUCAGACCAAUAUUCGACCAACAUUACUUGCACAGAAAACUAAGAUACUGCCACAGUUUGGAGGACAGCCAAGAUUUGGAACAACCCAAUUUCUUCUACAAGGUGUCACACAGAUACAUCCAGCGCAGAAAGUGUUUCAAGUCGAUCCAAAAUCUCCUCACAACUUUAAAACAGUAGUGUCAUCCCCGUCUUCAUCCGCUACAUCCACUACAAUGUCGACGCAGAGCAGCUUGUUGUCCCCUGUUGUAUCCACAUCUUGUCUGUCCACAUUAGAUUCGUCCCUUACUGUGCUUACCAACACUGAUGCUCUGUCUGUCCACAAUUACAGUGGCAGUGGUCUGAAGUCAGCCCAGCAGGAUUCUGACCAGUCCUUUGGCACCAUUGUUAGUCCGAACAAGGUGCUACAGCUUGUACCUCAACCUAUUGUGCCAAUAUCUCAGGCCUCGACUGUGGCGACAAGUACUGUACUCACCCAGAAAGGCAAGCACAAACCAGACACAGAGUCCAAGGAUAUCUCUGAAUCUCCAACUAAAGUGCGGGUAAUUGAUACGGAGAGUUCUAGUGGUUCUGAUGAAAACUUUUCACCCAAAGAGAAGAAAAAUAUGUCCAAGAAAAUUUCAGGAAAUAAAGUAAGUGCGCAGUCCCCUUCAAAGCAUGCUAACUUUUACAAAAUGGUUGGAUCAAGUCCAGAUGUCAAUCAAACAGUGAUACAAACUACAAGUUAUAGUGCAUUCUCUGGAAAUUCUGAAAAAUGUAAAAAGGCGAAGAAGACAGAUUCUGCAAACAAAAAUCAGCAGGCUAACAAAAAGAGGAAGUCUCCUUUAAAACCAACUUUGGAAGGUUGUCAGGAAGAAAAGGUGAAAAAGCUGUCUGCCACAAAGAAGAAAAAGGAAAACAUGCUUACUGUCGACAGCAAUGGAAACUUUUCAUCUCCCGAAGAAAAGAAACCAAAAGUGAACAAAUCCAUUAAAUCAAAAAAUUCCAGCAAAGGCGAGAUGGUCAAAGCCAAGUCCAAGAAGGAUAUAGAAAACAAGAAGGAGAUCAAAGAGGAACCAAGUGAAAGUAUUGAGAUUCCAGAUGCCAUUAUGACAGGGCCAUGGGCCCAACCUAUUAAGGAACUGUGGCAGCACCUGCCAUUUGACUUUGAGGCAGAGAAAAAGUUCAAUCAGAAUUUGGCAAACAGGGAGCCCAACUGUGUUGUCUGUGCAUUGUUCAAACCUUUCACAAAGUUUUCCGACAGCUGCUCUAGCCCCAAUCUUCUUUCAAAGAAAGGCAACAAGAAGGACAAGAGCCGACGAUCCCUGCCUAUGAUUCCAGAGAUGUGCUUUGCCUGUAGUACUGACAACCCCCGGCCACUAGGUCUCAACACAGUGCUCGACAAUGAUGGCCUCAGUCCUCUUCUUACCUGUGAUCAGUGCAAGAUCUGUGUUCAUGCUAGUUGCUACGGUGUUACAGAUUUUACAAAGAAAUGGAAGUGUACUCGCUGUACCAAACAGAUGUUCUCUGCAGAAUGUUGUCUAUGCUGUCAGAGGGGAGGUGCCCUCAAACCCACAUCUGACGGUAAAUGGGCACACAUUGUCUGUGCUCUGGCGAUUCCUGAGGUGAAGUUUGAGAAUAUCCAGAAACGUGAACCCAUCAAUGCCUACAAGAUUACCAGUGAAAGAUCCAAGCUACGGUGCUAUUACUGUAACCCCCUCCAGAACAGCGAGAAGACGUUUGGUGUGUGUGUUCAGUGCUCACAGGGUCGCUGUACCUCCUCCUUUCAUGUGACGUGUGCGUAUGCUGCAGGGGUUGUAUACGAGACCAGUGACUGGCCAUUCCCUGUCUACAACACGUGUCUACGGCACAACCACAAGGAAAAAGGAAAGGGGCAGAGGAAAUUGACUGAGCUGAAGAAGGGAGACAGGGUGUAUGCCAAACACAAAAACACACGCUACUACGUCGCAGAGGUGCAGAAGGUCACCAACCAAGUGUUUUACUCUGUGGACUUUGACGACGGCUCCUUCAGUGAUGACCUGUAUCCAGAGGAUGUAGAUGAUCACCGGAUGGAGUUGGGACCGCCUACGAUUGGAACACAUGUCCAGAUCAAAUGGACAGAUGGAGACUUGUACGGUGCUACGUUCAGAGGAGCUAAAAGUCUCGUCAUGUACACGGUUGAGUUUGCAGAUGGUAAUCAUCGAGUAUUCAAGAGAGAAGAACUUUGGUCUAUGGAUGAAGUUCUUCCCAAGCAAAUUAAAGCAAGAACAUCGGAGGCAACGGAAAGAAAAUACAGUAUUUUCUACACAGAAGAGAUUAAAGCGGAAGUAGAGACUGAAGGGAAACGGCCAAAGGCAAAGAUCUCAUAUUCCAAGCUGAAUGGAUGAGCGAUGUUAUACGUGAUUCUUGUCUGUACAGGAGGGAUUAUAUACUAUGCAACACAGAAAGAAUACAGUAUACAGCCUGCUUUUAACCUGGAUCUUAAUUUAUUGUACAAGAGUUCAUAUUUACCACAUAUUGACAUGUCUUGUGGCAGCUGUGUGCAAAGUUUUCGGACAAUUUUAAAGACUGGAAUAUUUGCAAUAUUUAUUUUAAAGACAAUUAUAAUGACAUUCAUUUGUAUUACUUUCAUUGCUUGUCUUCAACAUGUUUGAAUUGACAAUUUCCCCCAAAAAGUGGUUGUGUUUUUGACAAGAUCCUGUGUUGUACGAUGAGGUCUGCUGUUCAAUACUAUACCAAGAGACGGUCCAUCAGUUUUAGAAAGUCACAGUUAACAUAAAUACAUCCAGAAGUUGUUUUUAAUUUAACAUAAUUUAUUGUGCUCUGUGUGAAUAAGCCACACAUUUUUAACAAGUUCUUACUUGAAAAAUAAGUAUUUGAAAAUUGCUUAGGAACAUUGGUCAGACUAUUUAAAUUAAAGAAAAAAUACAAAAUUAUCAUGUUGUAGAUGGUCUACCCAAGUUUAAAUAUGUUACCAGAAUGGGCUUCAUCAUUCACUAGGAUUCUGUAAAACAAUAUGUAAAUUGCUCAUUCUGUAUUUGUAAAGGAUUUUGUAGCGGUAUUGUACCAGAGGCUACAGACAGAGUUAUUCCUGGCCUAAUCUGUGAUAGUGUAUCUAGGACAAUAAUCGUGUAUUUUGACCUAUUGUGCACGUUUUAUAUUUUCAAGUUGAUCAGUUUCUUUAACUCAAUUCAAAUGGCAUUAAAUGACAAACCUCUUGUGAUUAGAUUUACAGUUAAACUGAGAUGUAAAUUUCCAUGAACUACUAGAAGAUUUACACAGCGUUCAGACAAAUACUUGAGUACCACUAGUCAAAGGGUAGUUCGAGGACGUGCCAUGCUGGUUGGGCAAGAACGAUUUUACCUAUAAUUAUUUAGAGAUAAAUACUGAUACCUUAUAUGAAAGUUCUUUUAAGAUAAUUAUUUAGUUUGUGCAUCUUUUAUGCAUGGAUUAAAUUAUUUCUAGAAAAA